AUGAAGAGUAGCACACUCGUGGUCAUCCUGGUUCUCCAGGCCGUCCUGGUCAUGGGGAUCCUCUCACAGGCCAACGCCGAGUUCCCAAAGUGCUGCGACAGCUGCAGGUUCUUCUCGGGGGCCGUGGUCUGCGACGACGCCGGCCCCAAGUGCCGCGACGGCUGCGUGAACUGCCGCGUCGUGCAGACGAGCCCUAAGAAGACGUUCCGAUGCGCCGAUGCACGCGUCGACGAUGGCACGCCCUGCAAGCCCUGCAAGAAGUACUGA